UAAUUUGGUAGGAGAAUUCGAAAUGACGCGCCCAUUAGAUUGCAGCAGCGAGUAACAGCUGAGCGCGCUGUGCUUGCUUGUAUUUAUUAAAUGUAGGUGUGCAGCCAAAGUGAUUGCUGUUAAGCUCGCUUUCUGGGCCACUGGCUUGUUUUAACAGUCAUAUGCUGUAUGUAAUCGGAGAGUAGAAAGAAAAUCACAUGAAGUGUAUGGGAAGUUUGUUUUGGAGGGAAAGUGUUCCUUUUGCACACUGUAGUCAAAGCCAUGAUUUAAAUUUGUCUGAGUGCCAUUCCUUGUGAGAUAUGGAGGACACAGAUACACUUGGUAUCCCUUUAGUAAGGCCGUCAUCAAUUAAUAGUGAAUUUCAAGAUGCUGUAUCAGCUUCAAGCUCAAGUGUGAAACCAGGAGUCCUAAAUCCUCAUAACGAGAGCUUAUGUUCUGAUACAACCCUGAAUACAAAUGAAGGAUCUCUGUGUGACUUUAGAAGUAAUAGAAGUGACUCAUUGUUGCAAAGAAAUAUGAAAAGUGAUCACGAUUCCUUUGAAGCUGAGGAGGAUGAUGAAGGAUUAUAUUUAGCCAUUAAUAGCAUCCCUGUAAAAGUGGAGUUAGAGGAAGAGGACCUCAGUUACGAUGCUGGGAAACAGGGUGGUUACAGUUAUGAGGACACCCUUAGCUCUUCAUUCAUGCAAGAGGAAGGUAUAGCAACUGCCAGUUGGUAUAAUACACAUUACUUGAUGGAGGAAGUGAACCUAGAGGAAAUUGGGUCUGCUUUGCCCGAGCAUCGAAAAAGGAUGAUGGAAAGAGGUUAUCUACUAGACAGCGAUGAAUGUGAAAGUGAAAGGCUUGCCAGGAGAAGGUUAAUGGCUAAAGAGCGAGCAAGAAAAUACAGAAACAGUUUGACUCCUGAACAACUGCAGUCACUUAGAGAGAAAGACAGAGAAAGAACAAAGAGGAGGAGAAUGAUGAUGUCAGAGGAUGACUGUCUUUUGGUUCGCUUAAAAAAUAGGGAAAAUACCCAAAUGAGGAGAAUGGACACCAGAGGGUCGAGGUGUAAAAAGAGAAGUGAUUGCUUGGAUAGUGAAGAGGAAAAAGCAAUUUUGAUUAGAGAAAAGAAUAGAGAAAGGAUGCGAUUAAAAAGGCUAAACAUGACUGAAGAGGAGAAAAUCAUUGAAAGGCAGAAAAAUAGAGAGAGAGUACGUAAGAGAAGACAAAUUCAGAAGGCAGAGGCACUUUUGAAGAAGUUAGUCAGUGCCCAUAAUGAUAUGUUGAUGAAACAGAAUGCAGCUGAGGAAACCAAUAAUUUUAUGCAAAAUUUAAUGGAUGUGAAUACUCAUGGAAGUACAGGUCCCACUAUUGGUGACCAGCUUAACUGAAAACUAUAGAUGCUAGUCAUAAACAUUUACUUUAAUUUAAAUUUGCAAGUAUGUAAUGGUUACAGUAUUAAUUUCCAAAACACAACCAAUGUAUUUUUUAAUAGUUAGUACAGUUCUACACUUAAUUUUUUUUGUAGAUUGUGAAUUGUGACAUCGAACUUAUAUCUACUGUAAAGGUCAUUAAUAUUCAUAGAAAUUAUUAAUCUCAUAGAAACAUUUAUCGACUAGAAUCAUGGAAUUGAAUGUUACAAUGAAGAUAAAGUUCUCAGUGAAAUAUGUGCCAAGAUAUCACUCAGAGUAUAGUUUCAUCCAAGGCUUUAAUUGCUUUUGCUUUUGAGGUCAGUGUUGAAUGAGAAAAAACUAGUAGCUUGCUGCCCUACUGGUAAUAUACUACUGUUCUUGUUGAAUUAAGUAGUAGUUUUACUUGUAGUAGAAGCAUGUUGUAUUUGGAUAAUUUAAUGUGAUAUUUUUA